AAGACUGAAGUGAAGAGAAGAUAAAGAAGUUGUAAUGGAUUAGAACUGCCACUACUUGUUGAUUGUGAUUGUACUAAAAUGUAAACAUAAUUGAAGUAGUACGAGUGUGUAGCUAGUGUUAUUCCACGGGAAACUCGUAUUACUGUCUGAAAAUUUAAUACUAAUUUUAUGUUUUUAGAGAUCAUCACUGAGUAACAAAAUGUCGCUGGACGAAAGUUACCUACACUCUUUAGAUGAUCAGCCCAAGGAUCUCACUGUAAAGACUGCCAAAAAGAUGAAGCCCAUUCCUCCACCUCUAAACUUGACUCCAGAAGAAAUGGAAAAAAUGCCACUGUCCAUGCUCAAAGAAUUUGCCAUGAUUGCUACUAGCCCAAAGAGCCCUUUGAUGCAAAAGCAUCUGCCAUUCAGAAAAAGAGCGCACAGCAUACCUGUGAAUUUGGCCAAGCAGGAGACCGGAGUCACUAUACCACCUACAGUUGAAGAGAAUAGUGUCAGCGUGUACGAGAGCCACAGUAUCCCAUCGUCUCCCAGUGUUGCUGUAUCAGCUCACCGAUCUCACAUUGAACUGAUCUCAAGUCCUGAUCUCACUCGUGAUAGCUAUGUUCUGGAUCUGUCGACCGGUGCCAGCUCUGUACUACUGAGUCCUGCCCCUUCGUCACUAGGCAGCAGUCGGGAAGAGCUGACUGACUCUGCCAAGCAUCUCAAGUUCAUGUCCUGGAACUAUCCGUGGCCACCUCCUGCUUGGCACUGUUUCCAGUCAGGAGUAAGGGUGAAGGUCGGAGGUUGUUGGCGGCCAGUUGAAGAGAUGACCACUUAUCCAGGAGAGCUUUUGGUGGAGCGAGUGUCUCUCACAACCUCCUCUCAAAUCACCUGCUGUGCUCUUUCAUCGCGUAGUGAGGUGGUGGUGGACCUCACACCCUGUCACCCGCUGCUCGUCAAGGACCGGGGCUGGGUAGCUCUCUGUCCAGAUUCUUUCCACAAACGCUACGGGCUCAAGUGCCUUGCUCUGCAGCCCGGUGAUAUUUUACUCCAGCCCUCCAUCCCUCUGCCUCUUCCUUCUCCUGAUAUAUGUGAAAGAAUCAAAAGAUUCAGCUUUCCCACACUAGAGGAGUCUCCACCUUCCCCUGCGGUGCUCCUUUCACCUCCAACAACACCGACCAGGAAGUCACAAGAGGUGGCUGACAAACCAAAACAUAGUUUAAUAAUUCAGCUUUCCCACACUAGAGGAGUCUCCGCCUUCCCCUGCGGUGCUCCUUUCACCUCCAACAACACCGACCAGGAAGUCACAAGAGUGUCACAUAGAUUCAGCUUUCCCACACUAGAGGAGUCUCCACCUUCCCCUGCGGUGCUCCUUUCACCUCCAACAACACCGACCAGGAAGUCACAAGAGGUGGCUGACAAACCAAAACGACCAAUGAAUGCCUUUAUGUUGUUUGCCAAACGGUAUCGCUUGGAGCUCAUCCAAACCAAUCCAGGGAAAGACAACAGGGCUAUAAGUGUGAUCCUGGGAGAGGCGUGGCGGAUGCUGCCCCAAGAAGAGAGAGACAAGUACAUCCAGGGCGCUCGUGAUCUCUCAGAGGAACAGAAGCUGCUGUACCCUGACUGUUGGAAGCGGAAACGAUCUCACUCCACCAGUUAUCGUUCUCUUUCUUUCACUGUGUCAUGUUAAGUUUUACUCCCUUCAGUCUCUUGUAAGUUCUACUAUU